AUGUCUAGUUAUCCAGCAUCGCUCCCAUUACAUCCACAUGCCAGACCAUUACUACAUAGAAUUCACACCAAAGAUCUAAGUUCUGUUUAUGAAAAUGCUAAAAGACAGUUGUUAGAGACUUUCAAUUUGUUGAUUGAAGACCCGAGAACCGAAAACGUCCAGGAUCACAUCGGUUUACUAUUACGCAAUUAUCAACAAUUACAAAAAUUUGAAGCACAAUCAAAAUCACUUGCUAGCUCCUUGCAAGUUUCGAAAAAUGAUUAUAUUACAGAAUCUGAGAAAUACGAACCCAUCUCUUUAGAUACUUGGGACUCUCACAAAAACGGUAGUAUACCCAACCCACCAACACUAUUUGGUAUUUUUGAAAGUAGUAGUAUUUCAAAUGAUGAACCCUCAAAUCAAUUGUCUAAUGAUGAUGGAAUUUUAAAAGCUUUGCCUUUCAUAUGGAGAGAUCCAACAUGCAUAAUACCUGAUCAAAAUUCAGCAGCCGCAGAAGACGAUUUGCAAAUUGAGGGUGGUAAAAUUGAACUAAUUUGUCCAAUAACAUACAAAACUUUUGAAAAUCCAAUGAUUUCUACAAAAUGUAGUCAUGUAUUUGACAAAGAAGGGUUGAUCAUAUAUUUCAACGACCAAGAUACAAGAGAUUGCCCGCAGGGUGGUUGUUCUCAAAAACUCAAGCUAACAGAUUUCGUUCCUGACCUUACAAUGAAACUGAGAUGUAAAAUUGCCAAGUUUCAACAACAUUUACAAUCAUCAUCGUCAACUAAUCAGCAAGAACUAGAUAUCAUAUAG